AUGGCAGUGACGAACCGCCGGAAUGCACGCGACAGCAGCGAUGUCGAAGCCAGGCCCAGCCUGGAGCCUUCAGGUCCUCGUUAUCGAAGCAACAGUCAACCCUUCGCUGGAAGACUCGGUGCCAAUCAAGCGUACGUUGUCGAAGGAGGAACAUCCAAAGACGACCAUUUACUGCACCAUGCACCAGAUGCAACGCCGCACAUGUCGUUCCGAGAGUUGAUGGACAUGCGUCCGAUCAAGAAUCUGGAUUUAUGGAAAGCAGCGCUUAUUGAAGGAAUUGGUACUCUACUGUUUGUGUACAUAACGAUAUGGGUAAACAUCUCUCCAGAUACCGCUCCAGCUGCCCCAACACAGCGAUUCGGUAGCUUUGACAAUGCUGCUUUCCUGGGACCUCUCAUUGGCGGCAUAACCAACCUUAUCUUCAUAACGCUCUUCGUCACCUCUUUUGGAGCGAUUUCCGGUGCUCAUUUCAACCCUCUGAUUACCUUUGCGACUUUCUGCGCUCGUCUAUGUUCACUGCCACGUUUGAUACUCUACGUCGCAGCUCAGAUCGGCGGCGGGGCCCUGGCAGGCUUAUUAGUCAGGGCAAGCUGGGGAGGUCGAGACUUCAAAGUCGGCGGAUGCUGGUUGUUCACGGAUAUCGUCCCGCCAAGGGAGAUAUUUGUCGUCGAGCUAGUAUCGGCUACCCUUCUCCUAUUCCUCGCUUUUGGUGUUGGUCUGGACCCUCGACAAGCCAAGAUCAUUGGCCCGGCACUGGGACCUUUCAUGGUAGGAUUGAGUGUCGGGACCAUGAGCUUUGCUAGUGCUUUCGCGCGAUAUGGAUAUGGCGGUGCAGGGCUAAAUCCCGCGAGAUGUAUGGGUGCAUUUGUUGGAAGCCGCUUCCCAGGUUGGCACUGGAUACACUGGGUUGCUGAUGGGACUGCCUGUAUUAUUCACGGCGUAUGCUAUUAUUUUAUUCCGCCCUGGACAGAAGUUCGUCAAUGA